CCCUCUCUGUGCAGUGUCAAAGAAACUGUGUCCUCUCUAGCGACCUCUUCUCUGCUCUACUAUGAAGCAUCAAGGUUUCCAAUGAGGCAAAGCAUCGAUCCCUUACAAGCAAGUACUCUGCUUCAAUUUCUGCCGUGCUGUCUGACUCAACUAGCGCAAGCUGAAUGGAUCUUGUGUUUGUCGGUCUUCUUCCUUCUCUGUUUUCUUUUUUUUGUCCUUUUCAUUUUCACAUUGAGGAAGAACUUGAUUUUCCAAAGAAUGAAGGAUCUUUAUCUGGUAGCAUUAACAUUCUUUCCCCUGCUGGCUGCUGCAUUGGAUUGCUAUUCUUUUUGCUUUUUCUGCGUUGAGUUGAAAGCAAGUCGUGCAAUUGAGUUGAAGAAUCAUUCUUUACUAUAUGGAAAAGUGAUAAGGGUCAUGUGGUCUCGUCGCGAUCCUGAUGUGAGAAAAAGUGGCAGAGGGAAUGUUUUUGUUAAGAACUUAGCUGAAUCCAUAGAUAAUGCGGGAUUACAUGAUUUAUUUCAAAAGUUUGGAAAUAUCUUGUCUAGCUUUGGGAAUUGCUUUGGUGCUUCAAAUUGGUUUAGAGGGAGUGAUGAUAGUGAUACUGCUGAGAAGCCACGGGAACGAGGUAAUAGAAUUGAGGUUGUGACUAAUUGAAUGAUGUUGUGUUUGAUUUAUUGAAUGAUGAUGAUGCUGAAAAUUCUGUUUGUUAGAGUGCAGAAUUUGUUGAAAGGCUAAAAGCCAAGUUUCAUGAUUGAAUUAAUUGAUGAUACAUGCUAAUGAUUAUUUGAGAUGAUGCUGGUCUAUUUGUUAUAUAUGAUGCAGUAAAUUGACGAUAAUAUAUGUGAA